AUGUCAACAAUGCGCAGUGACCUCGGGCUAUCUUGCCCAUCCAAGGGAAAGUUCUACGUAUGCGAAAAGGCAAGCAUCCGCUUUAUCGGUUGUUGCACCGUCGACCCGUGUGCGGAUGGCAGCGGACAUUGUCCCCAGAAUGAUUUAGCAGCAGCGAGCUUCUCAUCAGAUCACUACGAUAGUAUAACAGAACAAAGCUGUGCUCCGCCCAACAACGCUUCCGCUUGGUUUACUUGCAAGAGCUCGCAACCAUUCUUAGGAUGUUGCAGUAUAAAUCCGUGCGAAAUUGAUGGAUGCCCAACAGAUCACCUACUGCCAGCAAUACUUAGUGACAAUGCGACCAGCGCUGAAGUCUUCCUCUCUUCGUCCUCUACGCCUAGUUCGGAUUCAGGUUCUGGUUACAGCUUGCCCCUAGGUGCGAUACUGGGUAUAGCUCUAGGUGGUGCCGCAGUGGUCGCCAUUCUUCUAGUUAUCAUAGCGUACAGGUGCGGCUGGCUGGCAAGGAAUAAGAGACACAAAAAGGGUGAUGAAGUCGUGAAUCAUUUCGGUACUCAAGGACCUCAAUCUCCGGGUAUGUAUCAAUGGCAAAAUGGUAGUCAUUCCGGUGCACCAAGCCCAGGAUAUCCAAGUCCUGGCUACUCAGCCUAUUCUCCCAAUCAGCACCACCAACAUCCAAAUACACCCCACUCGCCUCAGUCUGCGGAACCCUGGCAUGGAGAUAAUAGACAUACAUCCCAGAUAUCCGGGGUGAGCGGAUGGACCUCCGUGACAGAUCAAAAGCAUCAGUCCUACUCCCCGUUACUAGGACCGCCGCCCAUAGAGCUGGAGGGUCGCGAGACGGAACGCCGUAUAGUGGCCGAACUGCCUUCUUCUCCAGCAACGAAUCACGGGCGAUAG